UCAUCAAUACUGCUGAGUGUAGGGCCCCUACAGCCCCAGUUUCUCAAUCUCAGGGGCUUUGUACCAAAACCAGGCCUCGAAGUCAGAUCUGAAGUACUUUUUACAGUGUCUUGCAUAAUUUGUUAUCUCUAAGGAGGAGGUUCAGUAGUAUGGGUAGGACACAGAUAAGUUUGUUGAUAUGGCCAUAAACCCACCUCUUCCUAGCAAAUUCCCUAAUACUGAUCCUAGCAGAAAUGCCCAUUGCCUGUGUGCAGCACAUAUUCUCAUUUCAUCUGCUCCCAUGUACCUGCCCCCGCAGACUAAAAAGUGUCUGGUCUGCUGCUGCUUCUCUGGUCCUCACGCUGGAACAACAUUCCUCUUAUUUGCUGCUGAGGGGAAUGGCAGGAAUAUUGACAGGGAGUAAUUUUAUCUGUGGUCUUGAAAUGUUAGUUCUCCCUUCCCAGGGAGGGCUGUUAGCAGUUAUUAACCUUCCCCCAGUUGGAUUUGAGCUUUGUACAUUCACAUUUGUGAGUGUGAGUGUGCCAUGGCACUGUAACUGCAGAAUGAAUACUUCUGACUAUAUGUUCUCAUGUGAUCUGUUUCAACAGCAUAAUUGAAAAUAGGACAGCUUUUGUGUUUUUUGAUUGUACUUUGUCUUCCAGGAAAUUGGCACUAGAGUUAGAAAGCAGAUUUUAUUGCACAUUCAGUUGGUAUUAUGAUUGCUGAAUGCAGUUCUUGGUUUGAUGGGAAUGAAGCAGAAAUGCCUUAUUUUCAGUACUUACCUGAAUCUGGGAUUGAAUUAUUUUCUACUUCUGAUGUUAGUGUUUACCCUGGCAGCUUUUUGGUCAGGCAGAGGAAAGUCAAGUCACUGAAUGUAAGAUGCUGUCUGCUCCUGUUUCCCCUCUUAGAAGGAUAUUGAGAGAUUAAAAUUUCAAGUUAAACAGGACCUAUGCUAAGGAAAGUGCUGCAUCCUUUCCUCUGAUCAGUAAAGGUGUUGAGAAAUACUGGGUGUGUCUUUGAUAUGUUUCACAAGAACUCAGCCUAGUCAUCUGCACAUGGGUGGGGAGGCAAGAGGUUCCAGCUGCAGCUCAAACUAACUCUCUUUAAGAUGCGGGUGACUGGAGGCUGAUGUUUGCUUUUCUUUUGGAUGUGAAGACCAUAAACACUUCUUUAAGUGCUUUUUACAUUUAUUAAUAAUAUUGUCAGUGCUUUACAUUGCUUUUCUCCCCCUUUUCCCCUUUUGUCUCCUUUUCCAGAUCAGUAAUGGUAGGCUCCGUGUGUUGCAGGUCACAUGGUUCCAUGACACAUGUGUGUGUGUGUAUAUAUGUGAGAUGCCUGGGGACUCUGCUCAGACUGCACUGAACUUCCCUCUUCAGAGCCACUCAUCGUUUCAGAGAAGUCACCUGCCACCAUGAUGCCUGGGGGCUUAUCUGACACCAAGCCUGCUACUCCAGAAGUUCAGCAGCUUGUUAACCAGGUGAAGCCACAGUUUGAAAGCCAGACAAACAUGAACUGUGCUGUCUUUACAGCCAUAGAAUAUAAGACUCAAGUGGUUGCUGGGACAAUAUACUUUAUUAAGGUCCAACUUUCCGAUGCUGAAUAUGCCCACUUAAAGGUGUUUCAGAGUCUUCCUCAGGAGAACCUAGGUCCCAGCCUUGUCGGUUUUCAGACUGGCAAAACCAGAGAUGACCCUCUGACCUACUUCUAAGACAUGAUGUGUUGCAGUGCCUCACCUCUGCAAAUCCUAUGGGGAUUCUGCCCAUGACAGUAAAUAAAAUAAUUUUGGAAA